GUAAGCGUACAAGUGUAUAGAGGGCUAUAGGAGAAGAGGAUUGUCUCAGAUGCCACGCCUUUGUAGAGCUGCGACGAUGAAUGGCAAUACGGUUGUCGAACCUGGGAAUGUGAUGGCGUCGGAGGCAGCAAAUCUUGCCGUUCUGCGCACUCUCUUGACGGAUAACACUCUUCCGGACGAGGACAAGCUUCUUCAAUGGCUGCUUUCUACGCAGAGAUCUCAUGAAUGUCUUGAUCUGAAAUCAGCGAAGGAAGAAGAUAGCCGAAGCAGUGAAUUUCUGCAGCAAGAUGACGAGUGUACGAGUUCUGGCAUUGUGCGGCGGAGCAAGGCUGUCGAUGAACUUCCUCCUCCGUGGAAGGACAUCUGUUUGGCGGCUACUCCGGAAGGCUUUGUGGAAACCUUUCUGUCAUUUUUUCACAAAGAAAGCAUGCCGUAUCUUGAAUUGCAAGAAGGCAAUCAAGCUGUGACACCUCCGCAGACGCCUGAGACAGCCGGUCGUCGCAGAGGUCUUGAUCUCUCAUCAUUGUCUGGCCAGGAAGGUCCCAGUCCAGUUAAGCAAAUGGAGAUAGGACGAGGAGCCGGAAGAGGGGGCAAUGACUUAAGAGGGGGCAAUGACAUGAGAGAGCAAGACUGCAGUAACUGGAAGCCUGGAGUUUACUCUCAACAUCUGGUAGGACGGGUGGCGAAUGUGGGCCAGGGUAAUAAUAAGAGGGACCGGAGCGAACUGCAAGGGGGAGGAGGAAGUAGGAGAGGCUAUGGGGUUGAUGAGGGUGAGAGGGUGCGAGGGCCGCUCCGUGUCCUCGGUGAAAAAGAAGUCAAUGGAAGACGAACGGAUGGGGGACGGAGGAAUAGUGGUGUUGGUCUAGAUACUAAAGCAGGAAGAGCUGUCGGCUCGGCUGCGCGCUUUGCGCCGGUACCUUUGCUGUCGGAUGAAGACGAGUUUCCGGCUCUCGGAUCGAACUCCCCUUCGCCAGCAAAACCGGUUAAGAAUUCUCCGAAACAGGUACUGCAGAAACGGAUCGCACCAACCCCAACACGUGGACCUCUUGUCGGUAGCGCGUUUGUCAUUUCGAAAACGGAAUCCUCUCUGAGGCUGGAGAUGGGAAACGUUGAGCAGUCGAAGCACGCUGCUCGGUCGGAUCAUAAUCAGUCUGAUGCUUUUGUGAAGGUUGAUGUGGAGGCACUGAUGAACAAGCGUAUUCACAAGAAACAGCAUAAGCGAACUGGACCAGGGCAUAAAGAGCUCCCGCUGCCAGUGGAAGGCAGAGAAGAAGCUGGAAUGCCAUGUGACGCAGGCAAGGAAGACGGGAAGGCCACUGUCUUUAGAGAGGACCGGCAGAAUGCAAAACUUGCGGAAUCGGGAAAGCGUGCAAACAGUGUCCGCAGAGAGCUGCUGGGAUGCUGUGCACUGGAGACAGCUUCCAGCGAUGACAACGGUGGCAAAGUGGCUAACGAAUUACAAUUCAAACUGAUCAGGCAAAGCAAGGCGGAGUGUCAGAUGAAUUCGGAAUCGAAACAUGCGAAAAAUGGACUCCGGCCAUCACCGAUGAAGGUGAUGAUGGAGAAGGACCCUACUGCUCCAGGAGUAGGGGCUCAACUGGCCGGUAAUGGCAGAGUGGGCAAACAGAUGCACACAACACGUUGUUGUGGAGGGAGGGAACCUCCUGCCCUUUCAGCAGCUCUCUCAUUUGAUUCUGAGAUUGAGUCCCGCCUUGCUGAGAUUCGGCUAGAUGAAGCGGUGUGUCGAAGUGAUGAGAUCUCAGGCAGAGUGGAUCGCAGUGCGGGAGAACAGAACGGGGAAAUUUUUGCGAGUCCGGUCCUAAGCGGCAGUCCUGCUCAUCAUCGUGUGUACUCUGCUGCUCCUGGUGGGACGUUCAGACCCGACGCUGAUAGCGAAGAACAGUGCUGUUCCGAUCUGAUGCGAGAUCCUCCACUCUCCAGAAGGCAGUGUGGGAUGCCUGAAACAGCUGAGGAUGGGAAAUAUGUUUGCUCUUCUGCUGUCAAUGGCCUACUUUCUGCAGUGGCAACAGGACGUGAAAAGCAGCAGCACAUUGCAAAACGAGGUAUGCAGAGAAGGACAGCCAUAGUGCAUGGCUUGCUCAUUCAGGCGAAUCUGGUCCCUUCGGUAACGCUAGAGCUCCAUGUCAUUGUGCAGCUGCUAUCGCUCAAACCAGACUACAUGGUUGUCAGUGCCCCUGUUGCAGAUUUUGAUGGGGAGGGGGGGAAAGAGGAACAGUUUUGGAGCCCAGAGGGUCCAAGGCUUGGCAUGUUCGAAAAUGGUGACGACUGUGCAGCAUAUGCGUGUCUUGUUUUGAGGCAUUCUGGUCGCGUGCCUCAUUGUGUGGGUGAGAAGGUUCUCAGUGCUCUGGUAGAAGAGCCGGCAAUUGCGAAGCACAGCCCGGAACUGCUUGCGCAGCUUACGGCAUCGCUGGUGCAUUACCAGACUUCGGCACUGCGAAGCGCCAAGGGUUAUGACACGGCGGACACCUCUGCGAAUGCCGUAGCGGCAGCGGAAAGUCCCGCACGGCAACACGGGGGUCGUAACCAAGAGAACCAAAGCAGUCCCAGCCCUGGUACCAAGGGGACUCCUCAAAGAGGAUCAGCUGUUCCCAUGUCGCGCCCAUUCGAUGCCGCGAGAGAUUCUCGCCUAAACUUUCAGACGCAAGAGGCGCAACAACUGUAUAACAAUCGUGAGCAGUGUCGGGACAUUUUUUAUGAGUUGAUGAGGGAGGUUGCCGUCGGGAACAUGUUCGAAGCAUCCUCGGCGUAUCGAGGCUGUACAGGACUUGGCAUAGGGAGUGGCCGUGGACGAGGGGGUGUCGGGGGUGGUGGUCGUUACGGGGGCGCAGUAGGGAGUGCCAAGAGUGGGGGAGGUCCAUCGGGACCGGGGACGAUGAUGAAUGGAUGCUUCACUCUGGACGAUGGUUACGAGUCCUUCAGUCUGAAGGUUCGACACUUUUUGUCGUGGCUUCGCCCAGAAAACUAUGUGUGGUUUGCAGACUUCCUUCUGGAACAGAUCAUCCAAGUUGCGUCAACCGGGGAGACCGAUCCUGAGGUCACAGGCUUAGCUGGAGGCAAUCGCGCCAAGCUUCAACGAUUGCACCAGCGCCUGACAGCUCGAGGGGGAACAAAGGUCAGCGGAAAUUCCUUGGCUCUCAGGUCUAGCUCUUUAAGUGGGUCAAGAAGUCCUCGGCCAGGCAACUUCAGGGAUACUGUGACCACUGACAACGCCAGAGGGCAUGGAACGGAAGGGCCUUUUAUGCUUCACUGGAGAUCCGCUGUCAGUGGCAGUCGCAGCAGCCUUGUCUUCGACGAGCCAUCAAAGGAAGAUGGUACCAAUGAUGGUGCUAGUCAGUUGAGUGCGCAUCUUCACGGUGGUGAAAAGAGAAGUUGUGAUGAGGGUGGAGAUGCAGUUGUAGGUUUUCGACCAGAGAGUGGUGAUCCCUCUCCUGGUGACAUCUUCUCUUUCUUGAAGGCUUUCUCUGAGGGUCAACGGAUUUACGCGUUGUUUCUUCAUGCUGCUGACAGCUACAGGUUGAACAUGCACUUGAUAUGGAGCAUUGAAUCGAAGAUCACGUCCCUCUCACGGUUCUCGCCUCACUCUAGAGAUGCGGCAGAGCUUGGCUCUACGUUCGCUGAAAGGGUCCUUGGCCUGAGAGCACUUGCAUCUUUCUUAGGCUAUUUGGUCUUUUCACCGUUGCCAAGUGCACUGACGUCUGCCGUGCCAGGCCAUUCGAUGUUCUGUUUUGACGCAGAGGUUGGUGCAAGCCUCGGCAAAGCGUGUGGGGUCCAGUUAGGGCUGGCGACGGGGAUCCCCCCUCUGGACUUGCUCAGAGUUCUCCAGGAUGCGGCGAAGCAACAGAUCUUGACCUUAACGCUACCAUGGGUGCUCGAGUUUUUGAAGAUGAUGAAGGGUAAUUGCGCAGGGAUGCUACCUCCAUACUACCGUCAACUCAUCUCGUACUUAUGGGGCCUGUAUCGGCUACCUGUACUGCAGCCAGUGCACCCCCGAUUUGGGGUUGGUCCCUUCUGCAUAGCAGCACAGCUGGAUGGGUUCUUCAGCUUCAUGGGUCUCUCUAGAGAUUUGUUUGCCGAUGCGAUCCCGUGUGACGAGCGCCGUUUGACGCAGAACGAGGAUUUACCAAGCAGCGGUGAUGAAAAAGCUCAUUUGGUGCCCAACGGUGUGGACGAUUUGGAAGGGCUGAUUGAUAGUCGGUACAUUCAGAACUGCUGCCCCCUUGUCAUGGACUUGCACACGAUUCUGACGAGGGCGAAGAAGACGAGGGGUGGCAGCCCUUCACCGAGUCCUCAGCGGAACAUCCAGCAAAUGCAAAGAUUGAGGAAGAUCAGACCAGUGAGGCCUCAUCAGGUCCUUCCGGCUGCAAGCACGGAGGAUCCUGAUGGCUCAGUGAUUGCCGAAUUUGCUGAUCUGACCGAGGAAAACCCAAUCAAGCUCAAGCUCCAGCGUGCGUUCCUUGAGCAGCAUCCUCAUUUGCGCCGGCUUGUCGACUUCGCAGUUGACACUGUGGCUGUGAACUCGGCGCUUGCCGCGGCCAUGAAGGUUCUCCCCCUAGCCUUAGCUGAAGCUUCGUCAAAGUUGGAAACGGCUAUCCUUUCCGCCGUGCACCAGUUUGAGUCACAGUGUAUGCAAGAAGAGGAUGCGUGUGGUGGAAAAGCCACUCUGAAAUUGGAGGCAGCGAUUGACGAGGUUAUCGAGGAGACCAUUGCGAGUUCUAUUCCAAAAGCUCUCGAGUAUGCGUUGGAGCACUCCAAAGACAGGGCAUCAGAAGCUCUUGCGGCUCUUGUAUCACCUGAUGAAAGUGAUCAAAGGGUGGGAGUUGCUGCAGCAAUUGCAGGCGAGACGGCAGGGCGAGCAGCUUGUCAGAGGGUUCUUGUGGGGGUGCCACGGGACAUCCGUCGCCGAAUCACCGAGGAGGCUGAAGUCCAGAAGCGGAAGAUAUUGCCAACAGUGAUGGACAAGUGGCUAGGAACGAUGCAGGGGGUCGAAGGUGAUGAGCGGCAGGAGGCCAGUGUGUGAACACAUGUUAAGUGAGGGAGGGGUGGUAGAGUCUACUGGCAAUGAAGAAACAUACCCCGGGGGGGCGGGGUCCUGGGCCUUUUGCCCAGCUCCAGAGAGGUGAUAAUCGCAUUGCAUGGGCUUUUUCAGUGGCAGUGCCAAAGAUGGGAAAACGGGGGGGGNGGGGGGGGAGGAGAAGGGGGAAGGAAGAGCAGUGCAACGGACCAUCAUGGCGCAGGCAAGGAUGCAGAAAGGUUGAAGAUGGAAGAGUAGAUUGCGAAACAGACGGCAGCAAGGAUGAGGAUUGGCAGUGUGGUGGGCAAUGGGAUAUGGGAGGAGUGGAAACAAGAUGGAUGCAAUCAAGAGUUGCAAGAUCU